UGUCGUUAUGUUCUUGAGGGUAUGUGGGCUACGUAACAGUUCGAUCAGUAUACGUCAAGAAUUGUUGAUGUACAUACAUACAGCUGGAGUCGUGCACUCAGUGAUACCAGGGAACUUGGAGCGCGCAGUCUUACCCGAAGUCUCACUGACUGACUGACUGACUGACUGAUUGAUCAUCAAUCAUUCCGUUCACUGGAUUCGCACCAACAUGCAGAUCCUACUCCCUAUUGUUGUGGGCAUUUUCGCCUACUUUGGCCUGAAAUGGUUCUUGCAAGGGCCAAUCUUUAGGUCUUCCAAGAAAUUAGAGGGACAAACUGUGGUUGUGACGGGUGCCAAUACUGGCAUUGGAUUGGAGACGGCCAAAGAUCUCUAUGGUCGUGGAGCACGUGUAAUCUGCUUGUGCCGAAAUGUGACCAAGGGACAGAAGGCGAUCGAUUCGAUUAAACAAGACUCAAGCUCGAAUCCACAAACGGGGGAGAUAUUACUCCGUGUCAUGGAUCUUUCGUCCAUGGACUCCAUCCGGGCAGCUGCCGAGAAGUUGCUCCAAGAAGAAUCCCGCCUGGAUAUUCUGAUCCUCAACGCAGGAGUAAUGAUGUCCCCGAGGACACCGAAAACGGCUGAUGGAUUCGACAUGCAAAUGGGAACGAACCAUUUGGGACAUUUCCUGUUCACACGUCUCCUCAUCGGCUUGCUCAAGAAAACGGCUCAAGACCACCAGCAAAAUGUCCGCGUCGUGACCGUGGCUAGCUCAGCCCAUAUGUUUGCCGAUGGACCUAUUCGACUACAUGACUUGAAUUGGGACAAUGAAGAAGAUUUUAGCCCAGGGCAAGCCUAUUUUCAGUCCAAGUUGGCCAAUAUUUUAUUUAGCCGUGAACUUGGUAAACGCUUGGCCGGAACCGGGAUCACCACAUAUUCCCUCCAUCCGGGUGUAAUAGCCACUGAAUUGAACCGACAUGCUUCAGAGAGCUCCAAUAUCGUAGCCUUUCUCUUCCACUUCAUCUUCUACACAGUUUUCGGAGGAAUGAUCAAGACCCCCGUCCAUGGGGCACAAACGACAUUAUAUUGCAGCCUUGAGGAGUCACUUAAAGAUGUGACAGGCAAGUAUUACAGUGAUUGCAAGGAGUUCACGCCCACCAAAUACGCAAUGGAUAAUGAGCAUGCUCAAGAACUGUGGGAACUGAGUGAACAACUAACAAAAACUCAUAACCUGCCACUCUAGUUCUAGUGUUAAAAAGAUCAACUACCUAGAAACGAAACUUACGCAAAGAGGUAAUCCCAGGCGAAUAACAGAAUGGCACAGAAUUGAUUUCGAUCGGUGGUCCACGGCAAGUGGCUGAACCAAAAGCCAAAUUGGUCAUUCUGAAAUCGAUCCUACACAUUCCUGAAAUAAAAAUAUACAACAUUUCA